AUGACGGAUCCAGAUGACCAUCUGCGAGUCUUCACAAGCGCAGGAUUGGUGGGAGGCUGGACUCUACCGAUGUGGUGUCACCUCUUUGUUCAAACCCUUACAGGCGCCGUAAGGCUCUGGUUUGACAACCUGCCUGUAGGGAAAAUCACGUCAUGGGUAGACUUGCGCGAGAAGUUUUUGGUGCACUUCAGCCAGCAAAGGCGAUCCAUCCGCGACACGGCGGACGUAAUGAAUAUCUGGCGCCGCGAUGAUGAAAGUUUAGAAGACUUCAUUACUCGUUAUAAUAAAGAAGUACUCGAGAUAGCGGACGUUCCCGAGCAUCUGAUCCGAGCCAAAUUUAAAUAUGCCGCCAGGUGUGACGACAUGAUAAAAGUUUUGUCCGGAACGGAGGGACUCCCAAAAAGCUGGGAAAAAUUAAUGGCGGCGGCUAAGGUCUAUGCCCAGACUGAGAAAAAUCUCAGCACCAACAGGCCGCCACCACCGCACAGCCGCCCAACAGAUUUAGGCCCGAGCAGCGGGAAAAAAUUUAAGAAAGGCUGGCGAGAUUCGAGUUCAGGAAAUUCUUCAUUAGAAGAUGCACGAGCUACCAUCAAUAAGCUCGCUGCACAGAGAGAAGCUAAACAAGAAAACAGGGAGAGACAAUGGACUCCCCUGACCAAAACUCCCGUAGAAGUACUAAGUACGGAGGAUUACCAGUUUAAGCCUCCACCACCUAUGAAGAACAAACGCGGACAGGACCCAAGUCAGUACUGUGAUUAUCAAAAAGACAACGGUCAUACCACCAAUAACUGCAUCUCCUUGCGCACUGAGAUAGAGAAGGCGCUUAAAAGCGGUGAGCUCACUCACCUAUUACAAAAUGUGCGCAAGGAGAUAAAACAAAUUACUCGUGGCGAAGAAGGCCCGAGUAAGAAAGCGAAAAAUUAA